GCUCAGUGGAAGUCAGUUGCCUCUUGUCAGUGAAGAGUGGCGUUUGGUUGUCCUUUGAGUAUAUCUUAUAUCUUAUAAAUCUUGAUGAUCUCAUCGCCUCAUGAUCUCUCUCUACACGCUCAGUGGAAAUAAUCUUUGCCGUUGUUGUCAGUCAUGGCCACACUCUUAGGCAUGUCGAUGCGUUUUAGCUCGACAUCGGUGGAUCAACCUGUCAGGAGGAUUUUGUUUAAGUAGUGUGGUGUGGCACUCUUAGAAGCCCUAAUGUGGCCAAAGGGAAGACAGUGAAGAGGAAGGAAAAGAUGGCUCACUCAAAUGACAUGAAGAUAAUGGCAUGUGAUAAAGAGGCAAAAUGCAGUGUUGUGCAGAGACCACAGAGGUGCCAGGCAGGAACAUGACUGAUCUAGAAAUUCCCAUUCAAUUUACUUAAAAAUAAACAGACGACGGAGGCUUGCCAGGCUUGGUCAUUCAUAACUUGUCUGCACCAUGGCCAGCGGACCUCGGUCACCAUACAAGACCAACUGGAACAAGUACGAGGAUGCAAUGAGGGAUGUGGUGCGCAGGGAGGUGUGUCGAGUGUUCCUGUGGCUUUAUCAAGGAGGCCCCAAGUAUGUGGGAGAUUACCUGGACGAAAUUCCGCAGGGGAGGCGGGGUCUGAACAAGGAUCAAAAAAACGCGCUGAGUGGUAGAGAGCCGCCAACAGCAAUGGACAUCACACUCCUGUACCACCUCCUUCAGCGUGCCUGCAGCCUUCCCAGUGCAGAUGACCCCGCCUGGACUGAUCCGACAGGUUCUGAUCCUCACAGUCUGGAGCACACGCUCUACCUCAUCAAGGAGGAGCGGAACAAGCUGAGUCACGAGGGACACACACAGGAGGCUCAGCAAAUGUCUGAUCAUCAGCUGGACCAGAAGCUAAAUUACCUGCGUUGGCUGUGUGCCAACCUGCUGGUAGAAGCGGCGAGGCGAUGCGGCAGGUUGCACAAAGAGAUCGUGGAGCUCAACGACAAGAUGGAAGCCCGCUUGCAGGAAAUUCGAGGCGUCACUUCUGACAAAUUCGUCAUGAUGGCGAAAGAAGAGAUGUUGAAAACAACACAGACUAAGAUGGUGGACGAGUGGUACCAGAAGCCACUGUUACAAAGUUGUGGAAAGCCUGUGACUCUGGACGACGUGCUGCAGUGGCGGACGCCAGAUGGUGCAGCUCCUGCCUUCAUCCUGGUCACUGGCGAGGCAGGCAUUGGCAAGUCUUCUCUCUGCAGGCACGUGCAGGAGUGUUGGCUGAGGCCUCCUGGUGACGGCAGGGAUCCUCUGCAGUGUUACCAGCUGGUUCUUCACGUCCGCUGCAGAGAUGUCAACAUUAGUGAUGCGGUGAGGCUGCUGCAGGAGGAGCUGCUGCCGGACACGGCAUGGUGGUGCAGCAGUGACACUCUUUCCAAGUUCCUCCAGACCAUAUCAACUCUGUGGAUAUUUGACGGCUUGGAGGAGGCAACGGAGGAAGCCGCACGACUCAUAAAUUCUCUGUUUGGCAAGCGUCAGCAAAACAACACUGUCUUGGUGACGGCCAGGCCUGAGUACGGAGGAGAUUUCUUGCGCCAACAUUCCACACACAUGACACAUAUCAGUGUGAAUCUGUGUGGUGCUGAUCCUCUUGAGACAAUACGAAGCAUCACACAGUCCAAAGAGUGUGAUGGAGACAUUAAGCGACAUGCCAAGAGUUUGAUGGAGGAUUUUGAGGAGCUGGACCCACAUGUACAGCAGGAGCUCCGUAACCCACUGAAGCUGCGCCUCACUCUUCAAGGCUGGGAGGGCAUGCGGACCUUGAUCUUCUUCUCUCAGGAGUUUGAUCUCGGCCGACUCUACCAGAAAAUUUCAGACACACAAAUUAAAUCCUUCUCGGAAAGUCUGAGCAAAGGCCCCAUGACCGAGGCAGAAGCAACCCGGAAGGUUGAAAAAUGGUUCUUAUUCUUGUGUGAGUCUGCUUUCAAACUGGUGCUUUGCAGGAAAGUUUUUAAGAGUGUUAUUGGCAAGGAAAUGUUAAGAACACUGGAGGACAAGUGUGAUGAGCUUGGUUUAUCCUCCUCUCGAUGCCUGUCGACAUUUCUCUCCUGUCCCGUGUUCUCUUCAGGGAACACUGGCUACACCUUUUGCCAUGACACCCAAGUGCAUUUUCUGGCAGCCAGGUACGUGGACUCUGUCAUGAAGGAAAGCAGCGACUUGCACUCACACACUCUUAAACUGUUCAGCAUUUCCACCCUGCAGGAGAACCAUUCAAGACAUCCUCAGCUGGGAAGCUUCCUGCCUGUACUGUUCAUCCUUGUAUCCCUCAUUAGUGGCUCAGCCUCUGAGGCUGUCCUCAAGAUGGUGAUGAAGCUUCUUCUUAACGCUAUUCCUUUGAACGCCUCUCGUUCAUUAUGGUUUGAAAUAGCAAUAAUGGCGUCUUUUGAAAGAAAAAUCAUGAGAGAAAUUGGUAGAAUAAUUCCCAAAGAGUGGCUUAUAUUCGAUGAGUUUGUCGAGGCAGCAAGACGACUGCUGGAAUACAGUCAACCAAAUAAGGUGUUUUUGUACAUGGUACGUAACCCUGAGGAGGUGAAGAAGUUUGAGCAACUCUUUUGUAACCUUGCAAGCCUCCCAGUGGAUAUGAACUUGACCCUAAGAAGCCACUUUCUGGAUCUCUCCGGGAAAGCCAAUGCUGAUAAAUACCUUAAGAUUAUUUGCUGCGAGGAUUCACCGUGUGUGUUGGUGGGGUUUGAGGGUCACCUGAGCGACGAGGGAUACAGCCUCCUUGGGCAUCCAAAAAUUAGUGAUUACUGUGAAUUCUUGAAAUUGAAAGUGAAUUCCAUCGAAUCCCUUGAGACACUGUGUCAAUGUGUUAGAGAUUUUGAAUUUCUUCAAAGAAUAGAAGUGGUGAUAGCAAUGAAACAAAUUCCUUUCACCUCUGCAAAGCUGCAGGGCACAGCGAUUCGUCUUUGUUUGCCCUUGAUGACAAAUGAAACAGUUAAGGACACUGCCAAAUUUACUGCUCGACUAUGCCGAUCUUAUGAUAGAGUGAUUGUGUACAAUACAAUGAAAUGCUAUAAAAUUUUAAUUUUCAUGGAAUAUCUGGAAAAGAGAGGAAUUGUGAUCAACAACUUUGUGGGAUGUGUCAAGGAAGAUCUUUUACAAGUGCAUGUAAAUCUCGGAUCAUUGCCACUUCAACAUUCGAUGGAGGAGUUUAUGGUUCGCUGGCACCGUUUUAUGCUCUUACCAUUUGCAGAUCUCAACAUGCGAGAUCUCUUGCAGCACGCAGAAUUGCCCAUAAUGGUAUCACAGUAGCUUCUACAGAAACACAAUGUAUAAAAUAUUGAGGUCCUAGAAAGACUUAAUUAAGAAUUGUAAAAAUCAAGGAGAGGGAAGAAUCAUUUGGACUAGUUUUGCUAUAUACUAGAGAUAUAAGCAUGGGACUCGAAGUUAAAGAUUAACAGUUUUGUUCUUAAUUGCUUCCUGCUUUGUGUUUGAUUCUCUCUCUCUCUCUCUCUCUCUCUCUCUCUCUCUCUCUCUCUCUCUCUCUCUCUCUCUCUCUCUCUCUCUCUCUCUCUCUCUCUCUCUCAGUGCUCCUACUGCUACUGCUGUGGUAAGAAGGUCUUUAAGACUGAAAAGGCAAGAGGUGGCUGUAGUUGGUGGCAAGGGCGUCCUGUUUCUUUUGAAGAGCCUGCCGACCCUUGCUACAGCUUCACAACAGGUUGUCAGUAAAAAUGUAUCAUGAAAAAAUAAUGGUAAUAAAUGAUGAUACUACUA